GAGAGAGAGAGAGAGAGAGAAAAUAUGAAACAACUCAUUUGCAGAGGAGUAAAUCACGGAAUACCCGUUUGAGAGCGCGACAGGGCUCCCGCUUACAGCGCUAACACCGGAAUUGUGAUGCGCACGAGCCCUUCCUCCUCCUCUACUUCUCCCUCUUCUUCUCCUUCCUCUUCUUUUUCUUCUUCUUCGCUGGAGAUUUUAUGGAAUCGGUGUGAUUGUUGUUGUUGUUGCGGUGGUUGUGGCUGUUACUGCUCUGGCUGGCUGUCGUUACCGUUACUCACACCGCUCGUCUGUUGUGGCCGUGAAGGGAAACACCACAACAACGGUCACCGACACCGGCGGCAGACCUGCCUCACUCUCUCUCUCUCCCUCCCCUCCGUCUCUCUGUGUGUGUCGGUGUUUCUCUGCCUCAAAACGCACGACAGAAGCAGAAAAAAAGAAAAAAACAAUUGAGAGCCGCGGGUCGCUUCCUUCAGUCCCACUCUGACUCUGCCGAGCCGAACACAAACUGAAACAACAAUAAACACCAACACAAAAGAUGAGUUCAUAUUUCGUCAACUCGCUCUUCUCCAAAUAUAAAAGCGGGGACUCGUUACGUCCGAACUACUACGAGUGCGGUUUCGCGCAGGACCUGGCCGGCAGCCGGCCCACCGUGGUGUACGGCCCGGGCUCCGGCGCCACCUUCCAGCACGCUCCGCAGAUCCAGGACUUCUACCACCACAGCGCCUCCACGCUGCCCAGCAACCCGUACCAGCAGAGCCCCUGUGCGGUCACAUGCCACGGCGAGCCGGGCAACUUCUACGGAUACGACGCCCUGCAGCGGCAGACGCUUUUCGGGGCCCAGGACGCGGAUCUGGUCCAGUACAGCGACUGUAAACUGGGAAGCGCGCCGGGGCUCGGCGGCGAGGACGCGGAGGGAACCGAGCAGAGCCCCUCGCCGACGCAGCUGUUCCCCUGGAUGAGGCCGCAAGUAGCUGCGGGUAGGAGGCGGGGCCGGCAGACCUACAGCCGCUACCAGACCCUGGAGCUGGAAAAGGAGUUCCUCUUCAACCCCUACUUGACCCGGAAACGCCGCAUCGAGGUGUCGCACGCACUGGCUUUGACGGAGCGGCAGGUGAAAAUCUGGUUCCAGAACCGGAGGAUGAAGUGGAAGAAGGAGAACAACAAGGACAAGUUCCCCAGCAGCAAGAGCGAACAGGAGGCGGUGGAGAGGGAGAGGAGGGAGAAGGAGCUGCGGGAUGGCAGCGGAAGUGGAGGCGGAGAGGGUGGUGGUGGAGGUGCUGAGGGAGGAGGAGGCCCCGUGGCGGUGGCGGGCACGGCGGGGCCACAGGCCACUGUAAAUGAGGAUUGUUGCGAGAAAACCCACAAGCAAAUGUAAGGAGACAAGCGGUGAAAUUAAGGGGAAGAAGUGAAAGAGGUGGAGGGCGAGGAGGGUGUAAGAGUUGGACAAGAGGGGGUGAGGGGGGGUGGGGGUGGGCGAGGGGCUGUUGUUGUCUUAAUCGAAGCCAUUGGACUGCUCCGUUGUCUCCACAAUUCAAUUGAUGGAAAGGAACUUGAGUCUUCAAAAUGGCGACUGGCGGGCCGGACGGACUGGAGGGGCCUCGCGCCUCUGUCUGCUGACUGUAAAAACCGCGGGAAUUAAAAAAAAAGAAACAAUGAAGCAAGAAAGUGAACUAAAAAAAUACAAUUGAUGAGGGCGGGGGUGAUCCAUCCAAGUCAAAUAAACAUAGUCUACUCUAGUGUUUAAAACAAACAAAAAAUGAAAGAAAAAUGAUAGCUUCCUUUCUUUGUGGAACAAUUAUUGUGGAAACAUUUCUAUAUUGUUAGAAGUUUAUCAUUAACAAUUUUAUCUUUGGCAGCUGUAUAGUUUUUAAGUUAAAAAAAUGAUGAUGGUGCACUUUUUACUGUACUUCUCACUUCUAUGUUGUUGUUGUUGUUAUGGCAAUGAUUGAUUGAUGAUGAUGAUGAUAAUGAUGAUGAUGAUGAUGAUGACGUAGCAAUUAAUGAAAUUUCCAACAACAUGAAACUGCCUAUUUAUGCCGUUUUAGUAGGUCGGGUCUCUUUUUUACACACUCUAAUUGUCGUUUCUCGUUUUAGUUCGUUUUUUGAUCGAUGGUGUUUGUUUUAUGUUGUCUUCCUUUUUCUCUUUUUUGGGUAAAAAGCAUGCGCACAGUGCAGAUUAAAAAAGAGAACAUUCAUAAAAAUAAAAAGGAGGAAAAAAUGUAAUAAAAUGUUGCGUUCUGCAUUUAAUGUGAAACAGAGCUCUGCUGGUGAGGGUUGAUUUCCUGGAUGUAAUCUUUCACUCAUGUUUCGCUCGAUGACGAUCAGUUGAGAGUUGGAAGUUAGAAGUCAGAGAUAGAAAGAAAAAGAAAGAAAGAAAGAAAGAAAGAAAGAAAGAAAUGUCAGAGGAGUUGCUUCCCCCUUUCGUUUUACCCACACUUACUCCUCAUCCUUUCCCUUAUUCUCCCCGUUUCC